AUGUCUCAAGCGGAUUCAAUUUGGUCAUCAGCAUCUCUGGGCUCCACAGCGACCGGGAUCUCAGCUGCCAGUGGCUACAGCGCCGUGGAAAUUGAAACGGCCACCAACGAGCUGCUGCGCAUCUUCCUUGAGCACGAAUAUCUGAUGACGCUGUAUAAAAUUGCUCUUAAGCGAAAUCUUAUUGGACCAGAUAGGCUGGAGAGGAAUGUUCGACGGUUACUAAAAGGGUUUGCUCGAGACUUGCAAACGGCCGCUGAUACAGAGCUUAAAAGACUGGCGGCACGCCUUGUGUCUAUGAAGGCUACUUAUGUUGCUCGAUCUGUGAUUGAACAGUAUCAAAUUUCGCAGCUUCCGAAUUUUGGAGGAAAUCCCAAUUCAAUUGAUUCAUCCCAGACAAACGCUGGAGGCUUGGGCAAGGAGGAUGAUGAGGACGAGGAGGAAGCGGAGGAAGACAAGGAUGAUGAAGAGGACGAGGAAGAAGAUCCAGAAAAUCACAUCGACGAAGACCUUAUUCAAGACUUGUCCGAUUUUCGAUGUUUCUUAACAGACGGAGAAGCUUUUGCGUUAUUUCAAAGAAAACUCGAAGCGUUCGUGCUGAAUAAGCCUGUCGAAGAAAAAAGCAGUGAGAAGGAAAAGGUACAAUUGCCAAAUCAGAUGCCGAAUCCAGUAUCUGAAGUGGCCUUUCCCAUGAAACCCGAAGAAGAAUUCAUCGAAGAGAAAUUUCAUCGGAAACUUUUGAGUCGGAGUCAAGUGGCGCUCGAGAACUUGUUUAUUGCAGCAGGUUUCUUGGAGCCGCCUCUCGAGCCUGGGAUGAUUCGUGUGAGAUGGAGAUGCAGAUGCGGAGAAAGCUUCUUUGGCGAUGCGAUGGAGUACCGUCGCAAUGGGAUCCAUGAACUCACCGACAGAAUGAGCCGUUCCACCGGUGCCAAUAUCACUCUAACUUCGUACAGUAAGAUAUCCACAAACCAAAACUGGAACUUCAAGUUCCCUGCUUGUGCGCGACGAUUUAUUGUUACUUCUUCUUCUUCGGCUAAAGCAACUGCCCCUAACUAUGGAGGGGGCUUACCGCAGUACAACGUUCCCAAUCAUUGUGCUCCUUCGACGUCGUCAGCGCCGACUACAAAUACACCAGCAGGUUCAAAGCUUACACUUCAUCUUCUAGCCUGCGCGCACCGAAACCAACGGCGGAAGUGCCUGUUACAAGAUCCUAUCGACUCUGUGUCUACGGAUCGAGGCUUGUUUUGCUUCAUGAAACGACAAAUACGGCGCAAUCAUAGUCGUGUUCGGAAUAUCCUAGCAAUGAGAAGUAUACAAGGAAUGUUCUUUGUCAAGUUUCGCCUACGUAUGGGCAACAACGUCGAGGUCAGAGACCAUAAUCCAUGCUGUACCUCAACGAACCCAGCCAUUUGUGAGUGCAUACCUCCAAAACCAAAGGUCGAACCAUCCCAGGACGCCGAAUAUCGCUGUUCACCAGCUGGACCUCUAGCAACAUGGCCCCCAGUCCUGUCACAAGACUUGAUGCAUAUGCUUUCCUCGCCACAAUGCAUCCAUGAAGAUGAGACAUGGGUUCUUAAUCAACUACCAAAAAGAACAGCUGGGGAACUCCAAGCAUACGUAGGAAAACCAGCAGAAGGCUGGGGCAUAUACUACAAAGAAGGGAUUGACUUUGACAUGAUCAUUGGUGCAGUAUUCGCUGUUUUUCUCUUCGGCAGCCUCCUUUUCGGUAUUCUGUGGACCGUGCUGAAAAAGGAUAUUCAGAGUGCCUUUGGGGUUAGCGCUUAUGUGGUAACUGCGAUUAGCGUCUUCGUAACAUGGGUGGCGACUCGUGCAAAGAAUCUUGGGUAG